AUGGUGGGUGACGACGAUGCUCGUGCUCCGUGCCACCUUUCAUCUAACCGGAAAAUGUUUUGGCGCUCAUCGUCGUGGUCUUCUGCUCGUUCCUCCGCCGCAAACGGUGAACCGGAGUCCAAUUUUGCUGAUCCCAAUUCAGGUGAAGGGAAUAAUACUAACCGGAGAUUUCCUCCGCCUCCAUUGACGCCGAGGAGCCAGCAGAAUUGUAAGGCGAGGUCGUCGUGUUUGCCGCCGCUUCAGCCGCUUUCGAUUGCUCGCCGGAGUUUGGAUGAGUGGCCGAAGGCGAGUUCGGAUGAUAUCGGGGAGUGGCCGCAACCGCCAAUUACUCCUGGUGGGAGAGGUAAUGGUAAUGGUAAUAGUAGUAGUAGUGUUAAUAAUAACAAUGGUGAAAGGUUGAAACUUGAUUUGUCUUCUAUUCAGCAGAAUAAUAAUCAUGAUAGUAGGAAUAAUGGUGGACUUGUGAAGAGAGAUAAGAUUGCUUUUUUUGAUAAGGAAUGUUCUAAAGUUGCUGAACAUGUUUAUCUUGGUGGUGAUGCUGUUGCUAAGGAUAGGGAUAUUUUGAAAAGGAAUGGGAUUACUCAUGUUUUGAAUUGUGUAGGUUUUGUGUGUCCUGAGUAUUUCAAAGCUGAUUUUGUGUAUAGAACUUUGUGGUUACAAGAUAGUCCUAGUGAGGAUAUAACUAGUAUUUUGUAUGAUGUGUUUGAUUACUUUGAGGAUGUUAGGGAAAAUAAUGGGAGGGUGUUUGUUCAUUGUUGUCAAGGGGUGUCGAGGUCUACUUCUCUUGUCAUUGCUUACCUUAUGUGGAGGGAAGGGCAGAGUUUCGAUGAUGCUUUUCAGUUUGUGAAGGCGGCGAGAGGUAUUGCCGAUCCGAAUAUGGGUUUUGCUUGUCAGUUGUUGCAGUGUCAGAAAAGGGUCCAUGCGUCUCCUCUUAGUCCUAGCUCUUUGUUGAGGAUGUAUAGGAUUGCUCCUCACUCGCCGUAUGAUCCUUUGCAUCUUGUUCCGAAGAUGUUGACUGAUCCGUCUUCGUCUGCUCUUGACUCUAGGGGUGCAUUUAUAGUGCACAUUCCGUCUGCAAUAUAUGUUUGGAUUGGAAAGAAUUGUGAGGCUAUCAUGGAAAGGGAUGCCAGAGGGGCCGCAGGUCAGAUUGUCCGGUAUGAGAGAGUGCAAGGGUCUAUUAUCAUGAUUAAGGAAGGUGAGGAACCGGCUUCUUUCUGGGAUGCUUUUUCGAACUUUUUGCCUUUGAUGGACCUAUCUGGAAGUGUAGUAGAAAGUAGCAAAACAAGUGUUAAAAUUUUUCCUGGCGAGAGAAAAGUGGAUGCAUACAAUGUCGAUUUUGAAGUUUUUGGAAAAGCCAUCGUGGGAGGUUUUGUGCCUCCGUUUGCGUCAUCAGAGAAUGAACAUGAAACCCAUCUUCCCGCAAGAGAGAAUAGCUGGAGUGUUUUAAGGCGGAAAAAUUCCUACGCAAAUGUGAAGGAGUUUGUCUCAGCCCCUAAGUUAUCCUUACCGCGGAUCUACUCAGAUUCCAUGUUGUGUAUUCACGCAUCUGCUAUUUCAUUUCCAUCCCCAUCAGCGUCGUCAACAACAUCCUCUUCACCGCCUUUUGUCUCUCCAGAUUCCGUUUCAUCUGAUUCUAGCAAUUACUCAAAGUUUUUAGAAUUGUCCCCAGAUUCUUCCUCUCUAGUUUUUGCUCCGGUUCCAGUAUCUUCAUCUUUCUCUAACUUCUCUAAUUUGUCCCUCUCGUCAAAUUCUACCUCUCUACCAGUGUCUAAGUGUACAGAUAGCUAUGACGUCAAUUUAUCAAAUCCAUCUUCUCAGUCUGCCUCUUUACCAUUGAAAAAAUCAUCGACUUCCAUUGCUGAACGCAGAGGUAGUUUAUCAAAGUCUUUGAAGUUGCCUCUAAUGAAUGACAAGGCUCAAGUAAUAGAUAAACCAUCAACUAAUUGUGCUGGUCGGGAACACGGUGUUCUCGGUAACAACAACUUUAGCUGUGUACAAGAUACAGACAGUAUAGACUAUUUGUUCGAGUCCACCAAUCAUCAUCAAGUCAAAGACAGAGGUACAAAUUCAACUCAACAUUGCGAACUGUUGUCACGUCCCGACAUUAUUGAAAGUGAGGGCCGCAAGGAAUCAUCACUUCUCAGGAACCAUGCUGAGCCUUCCGUAGAUGGUUUGUCAAGAGAAAACUUGAAGUCUACCGCGCCAAAGGGAACUAAUGAGAGUGGCUCGUUGCAAUGUACUAAGACACAAACUUUAGUAUACCGCUGGCCUAGUUUAGAAAAGAUUGAGACGUUUGGUUCAAAUCAUUUGGGUUCUGAGGCUGCUUUUAUCAUACUCUCUCCAAGUAUACUUACGCAGACAGGAAGUAUUUUAUAUCUAUGGGUAGGGAGUUCUUUCAAACCGGACGCUUCUUCACAGGAUUGGUUAGAUAGUGAUAGACAGUCUGAUUUUCUUGGAGCCGUUGACUGGAACCAAAUUGGCUGCGAUCUUCUUGUUCAGUUUAAUUUGCCGAAAAAUACAGUUACUAAGAUUGUUAAAGAGAAUGAAGAACCCAGAGAGUUCCUUGCUUUAUUGAGUUCAUUGUAG